AUGAACACCAUCGUCUUUAACAAACUGAGCAGCCAGGUCCUGUUCGAGGAGAAGGCUCAGGAGGUGGAGAUGAGCAGCAGAAACUACCUGGAGGUGAUGGACGGCCAGCAUCCGGACCUGCUCUCCGUCAACCCGGGCAUUCGAGACAGCCAGGCCAACAGGCACAGGCGCAACGGUGGACGUCCGAGCGGAGGGAAGGUGCGGCACAAGCGUCAGGCGUUACAGGACAUGGCCCGGCCGCUCAAGCAGUGGCUGUACAAGCACCGGGACAACCCCUACCCCACCAAGACCGAGAAGAUCCUGCUGGCCCUGGGCUCGCAGAUGACCCUGGUGCAGGUCUCAAACUGGUUUGCCAACGCCCGGAGGCGGCUGAAGAACACAGUGAGGCAGCCCGACCUGAGCUGGGCUCUGAGGAUCAAACUCUACAACAAAUACGUCCAGGGCAACGCCGAGAGGCUGAGCGUGAGCAGUGACGACAGCUGCUCUGAGGAUGUGGACAACCCUCAGAGGACACAGAACGGCCCCGAGGAGCUGAACAAACCCAUGUACCCGAGUGUGAUCAAGAAAGAGGGCUCCUCCAGGGUGGGCAUGGCCAUGGGGAUGGGCGCAGGGCUCCGGGCCGCCGCAGAGCCAGAGGACUAUGUGUCUCCCCCUAAAUACAAAAGCAGUCUGCUACACCGCUACCUGAACGACUCGCUGCGCCACGUCAUGGUGGCCAACGCCGUCAUGGACGCUCGCCGGAGGAACCACUCGGGCUCCUUCAGCUCCAAUGAGUACGACGACGAGCUGCUGUCGCCCUCCUCCUCUGAGGCCGAGGCCAACUUUGUUUAUCGCGCUGAUACAUUAUAUAACGGCAGCAGUGGGGGGGCAGCGGCGCACAGGCACAGGGUGAAGGGCAGAGAUGAGACGUACUGGAGGGAGAUGAACGCCGCCAUGGCCCUGACCAACCUGUCCCAGACCAGCAGCGACAGCCCCCCCGGCACCACCAGCUGCAUCAUCCAGAAGUCCUCUCACAUAGCAGAGAUCAAGACUGUCAAAGUGCCACUCAUGCCCAAGUACUGA